GCGGGCUCAGCCGCCUGCGACCCCCGGGCGCACUUGGGAGGGGCACCACCCAAAUGCGGCGAGGGGACGGGGAACCGCCGGGAAAGGGUGAUGCCGGGACAGCCGGGCCCGCGGCGCUGAGCGCGGCCGUGGCGGCUGCCGCGGUGGCACUGGUCGCCGCCCUGCUCCUGCUGCGCUGUGAGGACGCGGGGUCGGGGGUUGGCUCCAGCAUGGCCGAGACUGAGGCGCUGCCGAAGCUUCGGGAAGACUUCAGGAUGCAGAAUAAAUCUGUCUUUAUUCUGGGCGCCAGCGGGGAAACCGGCAGAGUGCUCUUAAAAGAAAUCUUGGAACAGAGCCUGUUUUCCAAAGUCACGCUCAUUGGCCGGAGAAAGCUCACUUUCGAUGAGGAUGCUUAUAAAAAUGUG